AUGUGUGAUGAUUCCUGGGUUAAUCGUUCUAACAUAACUGACAAGGAGAUGCUAAUUCAUUUAGCUAAACUUGCAGAGCAGGCUGAACGAUUCAAUGAUAUGGCAUGCGCUAUGAAAAAAGUUACCGAGGCCUCAAAGGAACUUAGUAACGAGGAAAGGAACCUAUUUUCAGUCGCCUAUAAAAAUGUGGUUGGUUCACGAAGAUCAUCUUGGCGUGUCGUUUCAAACGUAGAACAAAGAUUGGAGGGCAGUAAGAAGAAACAAGCUGAGGACUAUCGUAAAAUUAUUGAAAAGGAAUUAAAUGCUGUUUGCGGUGAAGUCUUAGACAUAUUAAACAAAACUCUUAUCGCCAAUGAGAAAACUCCAGAAGGCUAUGUAUUUUAUCAAAAAAUGAAGGGUGAUUACUAUCGGUAUUUGGCUGAAGUUCAAACUGGCGACGAACGAAGCGAAGUUGUAAAACAAUCUAAAGAAGCUUAUGAGGCUGCAACAGAAAAAGCCGCCAAAGAGCUUCCUCCUACACAUCCAAUACGUUUAGGUUUAGCUCUGAAUUUUUCUGUAUUUUAUUACGAGAUUGAAAACGACUCUAAAAAGGCGUGUAAUCUUGCUCAAACUGCCUUCGAUGAAGCUAUCGGACAGUUAGAUCAAACAAUGUCAGACAAUGAUGCCUACAAGGACAGUACAUUAGUGAUGCAGUUGCUUCGUGAUAAUCUGACUUUAUGGACAUCUGAAAACGAAGCUGUUCAAUGA